AUGUCCGAAUCAGACACUUCUGAAGUUGAUAUUUCAUUAAGUCAACAAUCACCCACUCAACUGCCUCAAGUAUCACAAGAUACUAAACCUAAAAAGAAAUCAGUUGGAUUCGCUGCUGCCCCUGAAGAAGAUCUUAAAGAACAUCACAAAGUUUUAAAACAAAAGGAAGAGAUUAAAUUGAAGUCAUCUCCAUUUCAUAAAAUUCCAGCUGAAUUGGCAUAUUUGGAGAAGAGAAAUUCCAAAAUUGAUCCCAAACCAAUCAUUGAUAAAAAUGCCAAUCAUAAUCCAGUACCAAAUAGUAGAUUCCGAUUAAAAGACUUGCCUGAUUUGAGUAAAUUGAAAUUUUUCGAUGUCAAGAAUAUUUCCGUGCAGAAUAAAGAAACCGAAUUACAAUUUCAUUAUACCACUAUCAAUUUACCACCAAGUUCCGAUAGUGUCAUUGUUGAUAUUAAAUUUGGAGGGUUGAACGCAUUGGAUUAUGCUAAGAUUAAUCAGUAUGUGUUGAAUCUUAGUAAUGUCAAAGUUGGAAUGGGAUAUGAGUUCUCUGGGGUUAUCACCAACGUUGGUUCGUCUAUGGCCAAGAACUAUUCUGUUGGAGAUUAUGUUUUUGGGUUAAUAGACCCUACAUCAAGACGUGGAUCAUUAUCAUCAAGUCAAUUGAUUUACCCUAAUCGUGAUGUUUUGAUAAAAGUUGAUGAAGAAACUUUGAAUAAGCUUCACCAAGUUGAUAUCAAUAUAAAUACUGCAGGAGUCGGAAAAGAUUUUCAAAUUGAAGAAGACGAACAGUCAUCAACAACCCCAGAAGAAGAUAGCAAAUACGAGGUUGCAGUAACAAGUCGCAAAAAUUCUGAACCACAUAGUACACUUCCUCCAUUGGCAAAGUUGUGUUCCUUCCCCUUAUUGUACAAUCAUUCCAAACAAUUGCUUCAACACUUGAAUCCUAAAAAUACUGAGGCGAAUAUUUUGAUUAAUGGUGCUGAUAUAAACCUUGGCUUAACAUUGCUACAAAUCUUGUUGAUAGAGUAUCCAAACCUUGAAUACAUGAAGCUUAUUUUAGUUAUUCGAGAGAAAUCUUUGAAAUUCAUGGAAGGUAUUGUUGAUCAAUUUCAAAAAAAAUAUUACAAUCCUUCACAAACAAGAGAUUUUAAAAUUAUAAGUUUUGAUUUAUUUAAUGAUGGAUUGUAUUUCCCUGGGGAAAAAAUUCCUGUUAAUUUCAAAAAACCAAAUUUUUUUGCUAGUGAAGUGAUCAAUGCAUUAUUAGUACCACUUCGUCAUAACGGUGAUGUUGGAGAACAACAAAAAAUUGAUGAGAAAAACAUUAAUGAUUAUAAAUUGGAUAUGAUUAUUGAUUUAAUUGGAUGUAAGAAAUAUUUCCAAACUACUAGUACUAAAAUUAAUGAAAUUGAAGAAAUCAAUUUACCAUUCAAACAAAAUAUUUCCACUUCUCUUGGGAAGUUAUUCAAUGGGAAUGUCAAAGAACCAUUUUUGACAAGGAUUUUGAAACCGAAAAAGUAUGGAUCUAGCUUAGUUAGUGCAUGUAAUUUCGAUAUCAGUGAGCCAACUUAUGAUAUUGAUCAUUUAGUUACUUUCCAAGAGGGUAUAUUAAAUCCAUGGUCUAGUUCUUGGACAAGCAAUUUAUUGAACAAUUGGACAAAUUAUAAUUAUCACCAAGAAACGGGCUUGAGUUUCAAACAACAAUGGUGUCAACAGGCUUUGGAUUUGGUUCUUGAUGAUAAGUUAAAGUUCAAGAUUGAUGGAUUAACGGAAUGGAAGAAUUUCAAAAAGAAAGAUGUAAGGGUUGAUGAUGCCAAGUAUAUUUUACAAGUUGAAGAUUUCUAG